AAAUGGGAAACUCUUGCGUUUUUUGGACAUUUUGAUCACGAUAAAGGUGAUAAGAGUGAGUUAAAGUCAUUUCCGCAACUCUUGCAUUCGGUCCCUUUGGCAAAGAGGAUCGUAACGGUGUAAGAAUCCGCAGCUCAACUGCAGAAAAUACAGAAAUCUGUGGGCGAGAUCUGGGAAACCGCAGCGGCAAGUUGAAACGGCAAGUGCAACGUUCAGCUGCUUUAUUGAUACGAUUCUCCUUCCAGGCGGCAACAUCUCCGGUCAACCAGCGAGAACGAACAGAUUGCAUCUCAUCGGAACAGCUUAAAUCCGGAACACCCGCGUCUUUGCAAUAAAACAAGUGACCAGAUAUCGGGAGAUCGAGCUCCCCCAGCGACCGGUAGCGUUUCAGGAAAAUUAUCUGUGGAACUAGAACAUCAACGAAGACAAAUUGGGCCAUAGCAGCCGGAACUUUGGUAACCUCCUUCCAAAAUACCGUUCGCCGUGGGGGAACUUCCUGUGGCGGACUGCAAAACACCCGAUUUUUUUGACUUUAUAAUGAUCGAAGAAUCACAAGUUUGGACCGACGAUCAAUCGAAUGAAUCGUCUGAUUGUAGUGAUAGCAGCUGCGAUUCGCGAACCCACGAAUGGAGCCCACACAUCGCCAAUAAUUCACUCUUUUUCGUCAAAUUCGAUAUCCACUGCCACUCCAAGCCGUUGGUAUUCGAUGACGACCUGUUUUUCCGCAAUGAAUACCGCCGGCUGUCGAUACGGAAGAAAGAGAGCAUCCUGUCGCGAUUUGGGCAGCGGGACAAAAGCAAACACAAGCUGUUUCGCGUGAGCGUGAUUGAUUCGUCGAAACGAGAACAGAUAAAUGGAAUCCAGAAGGAUAUCAUCAUAAGUAUCGCGCCGAAGAAAAGUGUAUCCUUGAAGGAGGUGUUGCCGCUGACCGAAACCAUUCUUGGACUAACGACCAGCCUGUUCCCCGACGGGCGUAAGCUGAUGGUAGAUAAAAUAAGGGAUUACUCGGUUUUUGCCAAAGGCAAGCUGGUGAAAUCCAAAGACUGGAUAAAAUCGAUCGACACGGAACCGAUAACUGUGGACAACUUUGAAUCUCUGCUCGAGGGCUCCACAAAGAUCCCGACGAUCAUCAAAAUGUCCUUCUUCGAAAUGAUCGAACCCGACAUGAGCAAUUCCAUCGAAAUCAAAAUUACCAGCUUUAUGGACCUGAUACAGAGCCAGGAAACGCUGUUCGACAAGGAGGAUAUCCAGACGAUGAGCAACAACGAUCUGAUCUUCAGCAUGAUCUACAUUUCCAAGGAAUAUACACAGAACGAUGAGCUCGAUGUAAAAUUUUGCUAUCCUACGCGGGAGAACAACUGUCUGUUUAGUUCCCGUGGUAGCUUCGUAACAUUACAAUCCAUAUUCGGACAAUCGUUUGAUCAGCGAUCAGUCAUGACGAAUUUAAAAGUUAAGAACGUUUUAUACUACACAACCUACACAAUGGUAGACGAUGGCAUUUUACUGUUGGGCUUCAGCUCCAAGUACUCGUCUGCGUUUGCCGUGAAACAGAAGACUGAACAGGUUUGCCGGCUUUUAGCUGCGCUCUACCACCGGGGAGCGAAAAUGUUCGAUAAACCCAUAGACCAGCAAACCGAAUUGAUGCAGCUGUGCGAAAUGAUACGCCACUCGAUCAAAGUCAGCCGACAUUCCGACCGGUUCGAGAAAACGUUCCUCCAGGCUCACUUUGUGCCACUGCCGAAGGAAAUCCAACUACGCAUCGAUGACGCGCUAGGCGAACUGGAGGCCAUGGAUUACCGCAACUGGAACGAUGAUUUUGUUGAUCUCUUCUGCAUGAUGACCGUGAUCGGGUGUGCUCUGUAUUAUAAGCGACAUCUUGUCUGCACUCAUCUCAGUGGUGAUUACAUCGUAGACGUGGAAACCAUUUUGAAUAAUUUGGGAAUAUUUGAAAUACUCACCAUGACCGAUGUGAAAAAUAUGGCUGUCUGGAGAAAAUUCUACCCCAAACAGUAUUGCGAGGAGGGUUUCCAUGAAAAAAAUGACGCCUAUUUGAUGCUGGUGUCUGUCGGUAGCCUCUUGAUGGUAGUAAUUUUGGAAGUUCCAAUUAAUACGACACAUCAUAAGUCCUUUUCACGAUACAUCGAGGAAAUUCAGGACAUGCUGUGCUACUUUAAAUCGACUGGCAUUGAACAACUGAUCAGGAUCUGGCUUGAUUCGAAUAGCCGGCCACAAUGCAUUUCUUCGUGUGUGGUAAAUGCGGACCAAUCGCCACACCAACAGCAAGCCGGUGUUAACGACGAGCGUCCGCAACUCGGAAGAACCCAUGACGAAGAAUCGAAUGCGUCCAGCUCAAUCAAAAAUCAAACGGUCCGCGAGGAAACCGGCCCGGAGCACGACGAUGAUGAAGAUUCUGACUGGGGCCAAAGCGUGGACAGUAGCCAACAAAGCAGUACCUUCGAUAUAACCGAUUUGUCGAGCGAGAAUCGUUGUAAGGAAUUUUCGGAAUUGGUGCCCACUCAACUUACCAGCGGUCACGAGAAUCUGCUCUACUACUAUGUGCAGCUGGAGGUUGGUGAUGGUUAUUUCCUUGCGCCAACCUUCAACAAUGUAGCCAACAAUAUGAAGAAUGACAUUGUGAUGAACUUGUUCCGAAAAACUUGCACCCUCAUUCAUGCCACAUUCGAGAAUACCGGAAAGUUUCGAACGCUGUUGUUCAACGAAUCGAGUAAACUGACCAGCCAUCGCUCUCUGGUUCCCAUCAAGGAACAAGGAAUGCUCAUGUCGGUCCCAAAGGAUCAAUCCUCGGGCGAACGACUUGAUUUUUGGAUUGUGGGCAGAUUGUUCACAAGUCCGGCCAAGGAGCUAUAUGUUUGCUACCGUGCUGAUGCACCGCAAAAUAUGGUUGAACUUGCGUUUCGCAUCUGUUUGACCUGUGCUGGUUAGAGCUGAUAGUGACCGUUUGGUCACAUUGCAGAUGCAUUUAAUUGAGACUGGAUUUUUUUACACGAAACAGUAUUUAUACUAUGCACUAAGUUAUCUAGAAGCAAUAAAACAAGAAUAUUUCUGCCGGAAAUAAGA